AUGAUGUUCAUUGGAUUUUAUGUAAUCAUGGAUCCUUUUGUCCAUGGACCAUGGACUCAAGCAUCUUUUAAUAUUGUGGAAAAUGGGCCAGAAGCAUGCAAGAAAUACUGGUGGCGCAAUCUUCUUUACAUAAACAACUUCUUUGACGUCGAAGAGAAUUGCUAUGCCGUAACAUGGUAUCUUGCCGUUGAUACCCAGCUCUACUUUGUCGCACCAAUCUUUCUCAUCACACUUUUCAUUUCUCCAAUCGCGGGUAAUCCUUUGCAUUGAAU